CGGUUUAGGUAGACUAGUGAAAACAUUCUGAGUGAUUGCUUGGACGUGUUGAGACGCAGCCGGGGCGCCCCACACAGAAGGCACCGUCCAAUCGGCUCCAGCCGCCUUUGGGUCUUCAAAUUUCCACUGGGUCCUUCGUGAAUGAUGAUAUCAGUAUUUCUGUAAGUACCAACAUCUCAAACUCGAGUUCCCUGGCGAUCAAGGUGCAAUUAAUUAGUUGCAAAGAGAUGAAAUAAACGUCCAGGGGUAAUCAGAAGUUGCGGCGAUGCGUUACGGUGAUCUUCUCAUCGAUUUGGCGGCUGUCUUCAAAGCUUCCCGCAACGUCGCGUCUAGACAUGUGGAACUGCGAGGGAGGCAGCUGGAUCGGUAUGGCAGGACGUCAAGCAUAGUGCGGUCGCUGAAGGGCCAAGAUCCCUCGGGGUCAGGACAUGCUGGAGCCACAGCACCAUCACCGGGAGCUACACAACCAGGUGUAAAUCCGUCGCAAGCUGCAGCGGCCAACACAGAAGUGCCGGCAGCUCAACCUCCCGGAUAUGACCCCGGGUUUCCAAAACCGAUCCAUGAGACGCCAUUAUCAGAAAGAAGCGACAGAUACAGGGAGCUGGUCCAGGGAUCGUCGAAACAACCCAUACCUGAAGUACCGCUUACGCAGUCUGACCAAGGACGACCAGGGUUUCAGCCGGCAAGCCCUAAGGAUGCCGCAUUGCAUGCAAGUCUGAAUGAAUCAUUUAGCAGCAGCCAUCAACCGGAAUCGCCAAGGCCUUCGAUAGCAGUUGACGGUGUUCCGGAAGGGGUAGACGUUGAUAACAUUUUUCAUUCGAAGCGUGCGGCUUCGCUGCUGGAUGGACACAAGGACUACCUAGGGAAAAUCCGCCCUACAGCCCCAACGUCAAAGCCAAGCUGGUUCAAGGAUUUUGGUCAUGACAAGAAGGAUAACCAACCGGUGCCUUCCGUACCAGCGGAACCAGCGACACCACCAUACGAAGCACACACAGAAGCUCGUCUGGUCAAAGAGGACAUCAAACCGGUUGAGAGUACUUUUGAGUCGGUGGACACGAAAUUGGAAGAAAGUUCUAGUCCAGUCAAUAUCGAAAAAGAUGCAGCAGUACCUACGGUCACUUCGCUGGAGACGCCCAAGGUAGAAUAUAUCCCCGAACCAAAAGGUCAGGGGGAGGAGCUAGAGCACACCGAUAUGGUGAAAGACGUCCUAGCCCAAGCCGAAGCUACGUCUGCCCCAGAAGCAGACGUCACAUCUGCCAUCAAUCCUACAGAGCCCGCAUCAAAGCCCGCAUACGUCCUGCGAGAAUCAAAGGUGCCGUCGACUCGUCUCGGCCGAAUGUGGAACUAUGGCGGUCUCGCCGCAGGAAUGCUCGGCGGCGCCAUUACUGAAGGACUCAGCCGCGGGUUUGGAGGAGGCUCUAGCCAAGGCUCCGUUCUGCUCAGCUCCGGGAACAUGGAACGCCUCGUGGCCAAGCUGUCCCGCAUGCGUGGCGCGGCCCUGAAGCUGGGCCAGAUGAUGUCCUUCCAGGAUUCCAAGAUGUUACCCGCGCCGAUUCAGGAGGUCCUGCAGCGGGUCCAAGACCGUGCCGAUUACAUGCCGGCAUGGCAGCGCGAUCGCGUGCUUACCGCAAGCUUGGGUGCCGAGUGGCGGGACCUGUACUCCGAUUUUGAAGAGACGCCGAUCGCCGCGGCCUCGAUCGGACAGGUGCACCGUGCCACGCUCAAGUCGGGCGAAAAGGUGGCCGUCAAGAUCCAGUUCCCCGGCGUCGCCGACUCCAUCAACUCGGAUCUGGACAACCUGUCGAUGCUCCUGAUGGCGACCAAGAUGCUGCCCCGUGGCCUGUACCUCAACAAGACCAUCGACAACGCGCGCACGGAGCUCGGCUGGGAAUGUGACUACGAGCGCGAGGCCAAGUGCGCACAGCAGUAUCGCGAGCUCUUGGCCAGCGAAGAGGACGUCUUUGUCGUCCCCAGAGUCUACCCCGAAGCCUGCGGGAAGCACGUCCUGACCAUGGAGUUCAUGGAGGGCAUCGGCGUGACAAGGGUCACGUCGUUCACCCAGGAACAGCGCGACUGGAUCGGCACGCAGAUACUCAGAUUGUGCCUGCGGGAGAUCACCGAGUUCAAGUUCAUGCAGACGGAUCCGAACUGGACGAAUUUCCUGUACAACGCGGAGACGGAGAAGCUCGAGCUCCUCGACUUCGGGGCGUCGAGAGAGUAUCCCGAGGAGUUCGUCACGCAGUAUGUCAACCUCCUAGCCGCCGCGGCCCGAACAGAUCGCGUGACGGUCAAGGACCUAAGCGAGAAGCUGGGCUACUUGACCGGACACGAGAGCAGAGCCAUGGUGGACGCUCACCUGGCCAGCGUUCUGACCCUGGCGGAACCGUUCCUGCAAAGCGCCCCCGACGUGUACGAUUUCGAGGACCAGACCAUCACGGAGAGGGUGAAGGCGCUGAUCCCCGUCAUGAUUCGGGAGAGACUGGCGCCACCGCCGGAGGAGACAUAUAGUCUUCACCGUAAGCUGAGUGGUGCUUUCCUGCUUUGCGCCAAACUGGGCAGCAAGGUUAGAUGCAAGGAGAUGUUUGAAAGGGCUUUGGAGAAAACCGCUCUGGAUGUCCAGAGGUAAUGUGUAUCAUACUUGGGAAACGGGGAAGAGAGGAUUGUAUCACCACUUUGUGUAUAUACGAAAGAUCCCAUCAUAGACAGAGAAGGCAUACUAGAG